GCUGGCUCAGAAGGGGGCUUGGCCGUCACCGUGAGGCGUCCCAAGAUGGCGGCGGCCAUGCUGGGCUCCGGGGGGGUCAGUGCGCAGGCCGCGGCCGGGCCCCGCGGCGGGGGGAGGCGGCGCUAACCAGCCUCGGCGAGCCGGGACCCCCGCCUCUGUCUCGGCGGCUGGGCCCCGCGGCCUCCUGCGGCGCUCCUGGGCCUCGGCCAGCCCCGGCCUCUCGUGGGCCCGCGGCCGGGCCCCGUGCGCUGAGCCCCGGCCCCGAGGGGAUGGAGGGCCCCGGGGCGGCUGGGGGGGGCGCGGGCCCCGGCGGCAGCAACGUCCCCGCCUUCCUCACCAAGCUGUGGACCCUGGUGGAGGAUCCCGACACCGACCCGCUCAUCUGCUGGAGCCCGAGUGGAAACAGCUUCCAUGUUUUUGACCAAGGCCAAUUUGCCAAGGAGGUGCUUCCAAAGUACUUCAAACAUAACAACAUGGCCAGCUUCGUACGUCAGCUCAACAUGUAUGGCUUUCGAAAGGUUGUCCACAUUGAGCAGGGUGGUUUGGUGAAGCCAGAGAAGGACGAUACUGAAUUUCAACAUCCGUACUUCAUCCGAGGCCAGGAGCAGUUCCUGGAGAAUAUCAAGAGGAAAGUAACCAGCGUCUCCAGUAUAAAGAAUGAGGAUAUAAAGGUUCGUCAAGACAAUGUAACCAAGUUACUGACUGAUGUCCAGAUGAUGAAAGGAAAGCAAGAGAGCAUGGAUUCCAAACUGAUAGCGAUGAAACAUGAGAAUGAGGCAUUGUGGAGGGAAGUGGCCAGCUUGAGGCAGAAACAUGCCCAGCAGCAGAAAGUCGUCAAUAAGCUUAUCCAGUUCUUGAUUUCACUGGUGCAGUCAAACCGUAUCCUUGGGGUGAAGAGAAAGAUCCCCCUGAUGUUGAACGACAGCAGUUCAGCACAUUCCAUGCCUAAAUACAGUCGGCAGUACUCCUUGGAGCACGUCCACGGUUCAUCCCCAUACGCAGCUUCUUCCCCAGCAUACAGCGGCUCCAAUCUGUACUCCCCGGAUUCUUCAGCCAACUCUGGUCCCAUUAUCUCCGACGUGACGGAACUAGCCCAGUCCAGCCCCUCAGCUUCCCCCAGUGGCAGUCUCGAUGAAAGGAGCAGCCCUGUGGUCCGUAUCAAAGAAGAGCCCCCCAGUCCCACCCCCAGCCCCCAGAUAGAGGAGGCCAGCCCUGGGAACCCUUCUGCUGUUGAAACCCCUCUGUCUCCCUCCACCUUCAUUGACUCCAUCCUCCAGGAGAAUGAACCCAACACCACGGCCGCUGCCAGCGACAGCACCACGCAGCCUCAGCCCCCAGAAAAGUGCCUCAGCGUUGCCUGCCUCGACAAUUUGACUCGCGCUCCGCAGAUGUCAGAAGUCACUCGUCUUUUCCCCAGUUCUUCCUCUUCCUCACUUCAUUGCAGAUCACAGCAAGGGAAUGAGCUAAAUGACCAUCUGGAUACCAUUGAUUCCAACCUGGAUAACCUCCAAACCAUGCUGACCACGCACGGCUUCAGUGUGGACACUAGUGCUCUGCUGGAUCUGUUUAGCCCUUCAAUGACGGUUACAGACAUGAACCUUCCUGACCUGGACAGCAGCCUUGCGAGUAUCCAGGAUCUCCUCUCAUCCCAGGAACAGCAGAAACCUGCUGAGACAGAGGCCAGCACAGCAGACAUGGGGAAGCAGCUGGUGCACUACACAGCUCAGCCCCUCUUUCUGGUGGACUCGAGCGCUGUCGACAUGGGGAGCGGAGACCUGCCCAUCUUCUUUGAGCUGGGGGAAGGGCCGUAUUUCACCGAUGGCGAGGAGUACUCCGAAGACCCCACCAUCUCUCUCCUGUCGGGGACUGAGCAGUCCAAACCCAAGGACCCUGCCGUAUCCUAAGGCUGAGUGCGAGAAUACGCUGUAAAGGGAAAUCCAGCCACCAGCCUCCUUGCUUUGCACAGACAUUGAAAGCUCUAAACACCCUUCGGUCCAUGUUUGCUUCCCCCGGCACUGUGAGGAUUUCAUUUGUGUGUGUGCUUAAUGAGGUGUUUUGAAAUCUGCUUUAGAUUCUAGCCACCCAGUAUAGUGCUCCUCCAGGUUGGCAGUCUUCGGGGGCUGAGCAGUGCCGAUCCCUGUGCCCAGAGAGGCUAGACAGGCACCGGGGCUUGGAAGUGCAGGCGGGAGAUCUGGGUGGUCACAGAAUAGCUAGUCACUAAGUGAGAUUGUGUUUCGUUCUACACCCCAGGCGAGGGGGGCGGCCAUGCCCUGCACAAGGUCCCAACAGUUGGCGAAGGUCAGCAGGCGCGUCGCCCUUGCCAUGGAGACGGGGCGUGGCGGCAGGGCCGCACGAUGCUCCUGGACAUGUAGAAGGGGUUGUGGUUUUGCGGCGGGGAAUACCCCCUCCUCCCCAGUGAGGUGGACUUGGUGUUUUUUAAACCUGGCGCUGAUGGGCUGGGUCCCUUGGUGGUCUCUGCCACGCAGUUCGCUCCCUGCUGCUCCGUGUGUGCGUGGCAGGGCCCCUCGGCUCCCCCAGCCCAGCCACGGAGAAGCCGAACUUCCUCUUUUCUUUUCUCUUGCUCCGUGUGUGUUUCUUUUCUUUGUGUUGUUUUUUGGUUUGGUUUGGUUGUUUUUGCUUAGCAGUAAAAAUUUGUACAUUUACACUUCAGAUUGUUAAUAGUAAAAACUGUAUUUUGGAUUUUUACAUGAGAGAAGAAGCGCCCACUUCUAUCUAUCUAUCUCUGUAUAUAUAAAUAUCUAUAUAUAUACAUACAAAUAUCUAUAAAACAAAUGGCCUCUCA